AUGCCCCUGCUGUCCCGGCUCUCGCCCGACCGCGGAGGAUUACAGCUGCCCGAUAUCCCCGCCGGCAGCGCUGCGGUCACGUGCCCUCACGUGCCCGCUGAGUCCCGACACACGGCCGUUCUGCACGCGACGCGUGCCUACACGGAAAUGCUGGUCGCGGCCGCCAGUAAGGAGCCGUGCGGAGCAGGUAGCGGGUCCGAGGGUUCCCUCGCGGAGUGUCGCGACGUUUGGAACACGCGAGCUGUUUGCCCAGUUCGCGUGGACCGCCCAACCGACCCCCGCCCAACAACCACGUGGUUCGUGCCCGUCGCCAAGGCGACACGCGCGCCCCCGACACGUGGAACACCCCACGGUCGCCUAGCCACGUGGCACCUCCUCGGCGGGUUCACGCCCAAUCGGGUGCUGAACAUUGCAGACAACUUCAACAUCCAGGAAAUGCAGUUCAGCAACAGCUCUGUUGCUAGCAAGGAAGGUGUCCCUAGAGUCAAGGUCGUCUACUCGCAGCCAAAGAUCAUAAACAACUCCUGCGGGUGCGUGUGCGGCGUGCCGAACCGCGGCAAGAGGAUCGUCGGCGGCAAGGUGACGAAGGUGAACGAGUUCCCCUGGCUGGUCGCCUUGUACAGCGGCGAGAAGUUCUACUGCGCCGGCAGCCUCAUCACCAGGCGCCACGUGCUCACAGCCGGCCACUGUCUCGAGAAGGUGAGGCUGGAGGACGUGCGCGCGGUGCUGGGAGACCACGACCGCAGCAGCCCCUGGGAGGCGGCGAGCCAGCAGCGCGGGCUGGCGCGAGGCACGCAGCACCCGCGCUUCGACCCGCGCUCCUACGCGCACGACGUGGCGGUGCUGGAGCUGGACCGCCCCGCGCGGCUGGGCGCCGGCGUGCGCACGGCCUGCCUGCCUCGCCGCGGCGAACAUGCUGGUGACGCAGGCGACGAGGACUACUCGGGGCUGGUGGCCGUGGCGGCGGGCUGGGGCAAGACGAGCGAGCAGUCGCACACGUCGGCGCUGCCGCACAAGGUGAGCGUGCCAGUCAUGACGCGCCAGCAGUGCCUGCGCAGCGACUACCCGCCCCGCAGCAUCACCGACGACGUCAUCUGCGCCGGCUACCUGCGCGGCCGGAAGGACGCGUGCCUGGGAGACAGUGGCGGUCCAUUGCACAUCGGCGACGGGCAAGGCAGCUUGCAGGUUAUUGGUAUCGUGUCGUGGGGUCGCGGCUGCGCCAGGCCCUACCUGCCGGGCGUCUACACCAGGGUCGCCAACUACCUGCCGUGGAUCGAGCACCAGGUCCGGGGAGACUGCGUGUGUCCGUCCCUGGCGUGA